AUGACCAAAUGCAUAUUACUUGAAAAUGAAGCAAAACCUGCGUCUUACAGAAAAUCCAAACGUAACGGUUCUGGAAUUCUGCCAUGUCAGGUUACCACCAAGUCAUCAAUGAAAUUUGGUUAUAUUAAAAAGGAUGAAAUCCACUUUCGUGUGGAAACCACACGCACCAUUACCCCACCAGAUGUUCAAAUGGAUACCGAUUCAAGGGGUCCAAUUAGAGUGUUAGCAAGAUCCAUGCCUUUCAAUGCCUUUCCUCUUCUGAAAGUGACGCGUAUCAACAAUGAAUUUGAAGGGGAUGAAGUCUAA